AUGCUGACUUCGAACUCCAAUUCCAAUCGGUCAAAUUCCUCUUUCUCUUCCUUGUUGAAUACCGUUUCCAGCAUGACCAGUUUCAUCACUAAGACCUUGGUUCCUUCAACUCACGCAAUUACUCAGUCGGAAUAUCGUGCAACUGACCAGCCGAUGCUGGAGGCUUGUGACCUAGACAGCACUCGUCGCAUUGAGGCUACAGGGAAAGGCUUUGCUCUAGAAACAGAUGCUAUUGGUGGGCGAAACAGGACUCAAAAACACAUGGAAGAUGGCUCCGAACUGGAAGAAGGCUCGAAUAGGCAUACGUUUUAUAUAGACUAUCACAGGGAGCAAGAAAAGACGAGAGAAAUGAAUGGAGAAGAGAAGCUAGAUGAAGAUAGACGAAAAGGGAAUGAAAAUCUGUCGGCGGCCUUUAGUUAUUCUGAGGAUACUUGCUGCGAUACUUCUGACCCAGUCUGCUCAGUCGCCCCUUACGAUCAGAUGGUUUUGAUGCCCGAUGAUCCUGCGGUAACCUUGGCUGAGUUUCUGCUGAUCCUGGUUAAUCGUUAUGCAGAGUUGACUUUGGCGUCAGUGAAGCUGGCUGAUUUUGCCUCAUCCACAUCGAUGAUGAAAGAAGUCGUUAGGACGGGCGGUAAUGCUGAUACUGUCGUCACUGGUGGCGUUGAUAGCACGUAUCAUAGUCGUCUCUUCGACUUAAAUGCUAUCAUAACAGCCGCUUGGGACUUUUUUCAGCCAUGUCCCAUUGUGCCACAGUUCUUUCUUGAAUGUAAGUUAACGAUAUCCAAGCAUACUUGGCGAUACUGCCUUAAACCUAUUCCACUGUUUGUCAUGCAGCAACUUGUUUUGGUGUCAAGUAAAUACACAAGUAAACAACUAGUCUUCGGUGGGGCUUUGGACUAA